AUGGCGGCGGCGCUGCCCCCAGCGGGCCGCUCCAAGGGGGACAUCCGGGAGGAGGUGUGGGAGCACCUGGAGGCCUCGGGCCUGGCCGACUUCCCGCGGCCCGUGCGCGGCCGCAUCCCCAACUUCAAGGGCUCCUCCCACGCUGCCUCCAGGCUCCUGGGCUUGCAGCAGUUCCGAGCUGCCCGAGCAGUAAAAAUAAACCCCGAUGCUCCCCAGAGGAACGCCCGCUUCCUCACGCUGGAAGCAAGGAAGACUUUACUGGUUCCCACACCACGUCUGAGGACUGGGCUGUUCAACAGGAUUGUCCCCCCUCCAGGUGCAAGCAAGGAGGUGCUGAGGAGAUGUGCCACAUCCCAGGGUGUGAGAGACUUCAGCGUGCCUGUGGGGCUGGAUAGCAAAGCACAAGUGGACUUGGUUGUUGUGGGGUCAGUGGCUGUCUCUGAAAAAGGCUGGAGAAUUGGCAAAGGGGAAGGUUAUGCAGACAUGGAGUAUGCAAUGAUGGUGUCCAUGGGGGCAGUGCAGGAGGACACACCUGUGGUCACCAUCGUGCACGACUGCCAGGUGCUUGACAUAGCAGAGGAGCUGCUGGGUGACCACGAUUUAACUGUGGAUUACAUCCUCACUCCAACCAGGACCAUCCAGACCCAUUGCAAACGACCAAAACCUCGGGGAAUAAUGUGGCACAAGGUCAGCUCUGAGAUGCUGGGAAAAAUCCCCAUCCUAAAGACUCUUCGCUGGAGGGAGAAGCAGGCUGGCAAGGAUGUCACCCUCCAAGAUGAACACCCAGCCCUGGCAGACACCAGCAGAGCAGCAAUUCCAGACAGGAAGGUGAUGGCUGCAAAUCCCCAGCCAUGGAGUGACCCUGUAAACCCCAAAUCUGUAAAUCCCGAAUCUGAGGGAUCUGACACAACCACCACUGUGUAUGUUGGGAACCUGCCUGGCAGCCUGAGGGUGAGCCAGCUGAAGAGUGCCCUGAGGGAGCUGCAGGUGCUUCCUGCUGCCCUGAAGUGGCAAGGAGCACAGCACAGAGCUUUCCUGGACUACAGGGAGCAGGGGGCUGCACACAGAGCUCUGUCCUCCUUGCAGGGCCUGAGCCUUGGGGGCAAUGCCCUGAGGGUGGAGCUGGCCAAGAGCCACAGGGACAAAGGGCAAGGAGAAAUCAAUACUCACAAAUGAGUAUGGAGGGGAAAAACCCACAAAAAAAGGUGUUUUCAUUGUUUUUUUAAAAGCCAACCUGAAGUUGUAAGGUUUUUUUGUAACCCUCAGGUUUAACAAAACCAAAUUUCUGCACAAACUUUCCUCUGUUCUGCACAUGGACAUGCAAAGGUUUGUCCCCACAGGUGACAGAGGAGCCGUUUCUCCAUAAAUAAUUGCCCACAAAGUACCCACACUCUGGUUUUGGUGCUGUUUGGUGGUUUUGUUAAGCCUGGCUUAAAGCCCUGCCCCUUGAUACCUGUCACGUUAAAAGGCAGCAGCAGGAAAUCUGUCCGGAGGGUAACAAUUGUGUUUACUGAAAAAUGGGCUUUGCCUGUUGGAAGUUUCCAAUUUAUUUUUUAUAAAAAUGACCAGGGACAGAGAGAUUGUCCUUUUUGUGCCUUGAAGAGUGG